UACCUCUUCACCAACCAGGUUAUUUAGCAUUAAAUCCCCUUUAUAUCCUCCAAACAAAAGAUAACAAAUUAUUUUUAAAAUAAUUUAAAAAUUAAUUUAAAAAUAAAAAGCGCUUUUAGGUUGUCAUCAAUCUUAUCCCCGCCGUAAAUCACCACCCUCCUCAUCUUCUUCCACCAAAUCUCACUCUCCAUUUUCCACUAAAAAUACCAGUCACUGUCUCUCUCUCUCUCUCUCUCAACCACAAAACCAUGCUCUCCCCAACGUCAUUUUCUCUCAUCUGCACCGUUCUUCUCUGUUUGCCUCUCACCAUAAUCUUCACCAUCACAAGCCCAACUGCCACCAUAACCACCACCAUCCCCACCCAAAUCUCCCAAUCCCCAAAACUCACCAAAACCUACCAAAAAAUCCACCUAAUUUCACCACCAAAAUCCCUACCAUUAGAUGACGACUCGCUCUUCCACCUCGCCGCCCAUGUCAAGUCCCGCCCGCCCCACUCCGAUCGUCCCAAAAUCGCCUUCCUCUUUCUAACCACCACCCCUCUUCCCUUCUUCCCUCUUUGGGAACGCUUCUUCAACCAAACCCCCAAAACCCAUUUCUCUAUCUAUGUCCAUGCCGACCCGAGAUUCCCCUAUGACCCGCCAUUUUCUGGUGUCUUCGCCCACCGGGUCAUCCCCUCCCGACCCGCCCAGCGAUUCACCUCCACUCUCAUCUCCGCGACUCGUCGUUUGCUCGCCCACGCCCUCCUCGAUGACCCCAAGAAUGCCAUGUUCGUGCUUCUCUCUCCUUCCUGCAUCCCCAUCCGGUCCUUCAACUUCACGUACCAAACCCUCGCCCGAUCGAAGAAGAGCUUCAUCGAGAUUCUAGACAAUGAGAUCGGGGCGUACGACAGGUGGGCGGCGCGUGGGGAGGACGCGAUGCUGCCGCAGGUGAAGUUGGAGGAGUUUCGGAUCGGAUCCCAAUUCUGGAUCUUGAAGCGGAAGCACGCGAGGGUGGUUGUGGGUGACCACCAGCUCUGGUCCAAGUUCAAGCUACCGUGCCAGCGUUGGGACACAUGUUACCCAGAGGAAAAUUACUUUCCUACCCUCUUGAACAUGAGAGACCCAAGCGGGUGUGUGCCCGCUACCCUCACGCACGUGGACUGGCGCGGGAGAUUCGAUGGCCACCCCCGUACGUAUGAGGCCUCCGACUUGGGGCCCGAUUUGAUCACCUCCCUGAGAAAUGACAGGCCAAAAUACGGUGACGAGAAGGAGAGCGGCAACGGCUCUAAUUGGUCCUUGAAGGAACGACGAGACCCGUUUUUGUUCGCAAGGAAGUUCCCGCCGGAUGCAAUUGGACCGUUGAUGAGUAUGGCCAAUGACGUCAUCUUCAAGGAUUAAGAUGCGAUGACAUAUUUAGGAUUUUAUUUUUUUUGGUUUGUAAUUUACAAAUGAAAUUAUUAACAUAAAGAAAAAAAAAUGAAACCGAGGCAAACCCGGUGGGUUUGAGCAGCAAAAUGUAUAUAUUUUUCAUUUAUUGUUUUUUGGGGUGAGUUUUCUUGGUU